UGACUCAUAUGAUCCGGCUGAAUGACCUAGUUACCAUGGAAACAAGAGAAAGACACAUCCCCCAGUUUUGAGGGAUUAAACCCGCUUUGAUAAUUCAACUGCACAUUUAUGAUAACAAACAUUUAAACCGCACUUGUCAGUAGUGACAGUAGGGGCAUUGCACAUUUUUGUGGUAGUUAGUCAAGUGUCCGGUAGAGGGAGCAGCUGAGACGCGUGUUUAACAGGAAAUGUCCACGUAAAAACAAAGCUCUGUAAUGAUCCAUCCACGCAGAGAAGUAAGUGUGGUGCCAGCGCUCUGCUCCAGUAUUAUUACAGCGACCUAACAGUGUGCGGCAUUCGUGCUUUAUUUACUAUGCUUCCCCAAAACUACCAUUACGGAUACACUUUCGCCAAAUGUUUCCUGCUUUGGUCGUUUGUGCCCCUCAUCACUGCAAGGGAAGAUGACGUUGAGAGCAAAAUGAAGAUCCAUGACGCUGACAGACCUUCCUCCGAGAGCCUUUUUCUGAGAUUGAGCGAUAUAGUGUUUGUCAUCCAGAGCCAGAAGAACUCUUACCAUGUCCAGCAGGCUGAAAACCUCAGGACAGACCUGUUCCUGCAGACACAAGCUCUUCAAGAGAAAGCCCCUGUUAUCCUGCUCUUACACACACUGUCAGACACAGAGGGAAACUGGAGUAUUCUUCCAAUGAUGCCUUACUUUUCGUCUCAUUUUGGGAAGAACUCUUCAUGGAUCGUGUUUCUAGAAGAGGACACCAGGGUGACACUUGCAAAACUUUUUCGAGUCCUCAAGAAAUUUGACCGCAGGAAAGAGUGGUUUCUUGGCAAGCCAUUACACGAUGAAGAGUCUACCAUCAUCCAUCAUUACGCCUUCUCAGAGAACCCUGCAGCCUUCAAGUACCCAGACUUCUCUGCCGGAUGGGCGCUUAGUAUCCCUCUUGUUAACAGGUUGACGAACAAAAUUCAAGAGGAGCCUUUAAAGUCAGACUUCACCAUAGAUCUAAAGCAUGAGGUGGCGCUGUACAUCUGGGAGGAGGGAAAGGGGCCUCGACUGACGGCGGUUCCUGAGUUUUGCACAUUAUCAGAUGAGUCUCCAGCGGCCCAACAUUGUGCCACCACUGUCAGCAGCCAUUCACCUCUGUGUGGUCAGCCUGUUAAGAGCGAAAACAUUUUCGUAGCCGUGAAAACCUGCAAGAAGUUCCACUCCGACCGAGUCCCUGUAGUACAGAAAACAUGGAGGAAACAGGCCACACUACUUGAGUACUACAGCGAUUACGCCGAUCCCUCUAUACCAACUAUUAACCUGGGGGUACCCAACACAGAGAGGGGUCACUGUGGGAAGACAUUUGCCAUCUUAAGGAGAUACUUAAGCAAGUCUGUGCCAAAGACUGAUUGGCUGUUAAUCGUGGAUGAUGAUACUCUUAUAAGCUUACCCAGACUGCAGGCCUUGCUGAGCUGUUAUGACUCCAGUGAGCCAGUAUGUCUAGGUGAGCGCUAUGGUUAUGGAUUGGGCCAGGGAGGCUACAGUUACAUCACAGGUGGCGGGGGGAUGGUGUUCAGUCGUGAGGCUGUGAUACAGUUGUUAGCCAGCGGCUGUAAGUGUUACAGCAACGACGCUCCUGAUGACAUGGUUUUGGGAAUGUGUCUCAAUGCACUACGAGUCCCUGUUACACACAGUCCACUCUUCCAUCAGGCACGUCCAGAAGAUUACGCGAAGGAAUUUUUGGCACACCAGACCCCCGUUUCCUUCCACAAACACUGGAACAUCGACCCUAUUGCAGUCUUUAACAAAUGGUUAAAGGAUGACUUAAACACGGAUGUACUACAAAAAGGCACUAAGGAUGAAUUAUAAUGUUUGCGAUUGUGUGUGUAAAUAAAUAUGUGUACUGUUGAAGCACAUACUCUGUUUUGACACAUGGAUAAAUGUAGUGAAUCUUGCACAAACAUGUAUGGAAGAAUCUGUAUGAAUGUUUUUCUCACUGUGCUUUGGUGCAUGUUUUAGAUGUAUGUUGGAAAUACACGUCUUAAAAAAUAUUUAUAUACAAACCUGUCCAAGGUAUUUGUAGAUUGAUUUUUAAACACUUUUGAUUUCUAAAUGAUGUGAAUUAUGUGUCAGUUAUGAUAUUGAGAUUUAUGAUAAACUAUUGCCUUAAAUCAUUGUUCACAAAGUCCUGAUUUCAAUACUGAACACAGAUUCAUUAGCACUGAAUACAUUACAUUUCUUAUUAUUUCUAUACAUCCGAGCUUCAGUUUUUUUUAAGUGGCGUUGUCAGUGUAAUAUUAUUGAAAUGCUAUCACAGAAUUGCAAUUUGUGCAAAAAAAGAUUCACAACAACAGGAUGUUCUCAUUAUUAACGCCACACCGUCGAGACUGAAUUUAAGAACGGUACCUCAGACAUGCCCUGUUUAAAAUAAUUUGUUUUUAAAUUUGGUUCAUGAUUAAUAAAACAUCUCAAGAUGAAGUGUCUGGUAUUGUGUCUGCUCAGCGGUUUGUCUGAUCUAUACACUCCUCGGGCUUACUGGAUUUCCAUUAUGAAAGUAAUUUGUUUAGGCCUGAUCAAACAGAUACUGUAUGGAACUGUGUCUGACUUUGGGAGGAGUCAUUUGCAAAUUUACUUUUUGAUCAUAAAUGCAUCUAAACCUGG